AUGGAACAGAUUAUCAUUGAAUACCAACAAGUAUCAAGCAUUGUUCUCAGUGUUCCUGAUAAGGUUUCUAUUGCAAAAUUGGACAAGAUUCCUUGGCUUAGUGAAGCCAGCCUUGUUAACAAGCCAUUAGUGCUCAGCCUUCCUCAAAGGUCUUCUAGAUCCUGUGCCAGUUUUCUGGUUUCAUCCAAGAAGGAUUUGGACUUGCCAUUUUUGUUUGAAGUUCCAGGUUCCUUAUACAAGGAGCCCAGGAGCCAGAGUAACCCCGUGUUGUCCAGGAGCGGGCAACUGUGCUCUACAUGCCGAGAAAUGAAAAUGGUACAACCAAGAACUGUUCUCAUCCCAGAUGAUUUAAAUCUAUCCUUUGGCAACUACAUAAAUCAUAGGAUGCUGGGUCUUCAAUCACCAAGAGCCGAGACUGUACCCAAAUCUCCUCAAGAAGACAUCCUGACAGAAAGCGUUCACUACAGACUGCCCAUUCUGGGCCCCAGGACAGCUGUCUUCAGUGGCCUUCUCUCACAAACCUACAAAACCCUACAGGAGAAGCAGCUCCCUUCCUUCUCCAGAAAAGAAUCAACCAGCAAGGCAACGAAGCGGUGUUGA